AUUUGGUUCAUUUACGAGAGCAUGCUCGCCGUUCGUUCCAGCGCCCGCAAGUUCCUGCGCCCCAAGUUCGCGGCCGCCUUUAGCACCGGCUCGGACUACGACCUCGUCGUCGUCGGCGGUGGUCCCGGCGGCUACGUCGCCGCCAUCAAGGCCGCGCAGCUCGGUCUCAAGACGGCCUGCGUCGAGUCGCGUGGCACGCUCGGUGGCACCUGCCUCAACGUCGGCUGCAUCCCGUCCAAGGCGCUCCUCAGCGCGACGCACAAGUACCAUGCGGCCCAGCACGACUUCAAGAACGUUGGCAUUGAAGUUGACGGCCUUCGCAUCGACUUUGCCAAGCUCAUGGCCUCCAAGGACAAGAGCGUCAAGAUCUUGACGGGCGGUAUCGAGGGCCUCUUCAAGAAGAACAAGAUCGACUACAUCAAGGGUUUUGGCAAGAUCGUCGCCAAGAACCAGGUCAGCGUUGCCCUCAACGACGGUGGCAACAAGACCGUCUCGACCAAGAACAUCCUCAUCGCCACCGGUUCCGAGGUCACGCCGUUGCCGCCGGUCCCGGUCGACAACGAGGCUGGCAAGAUCAUCGACUCGACGGGCGCGCUCUCGUUGAAGCGCAUCCCGGAGCACCUUGUCGUCAUUGGUGGCGGUGUCAUUGGCCUUGAAAUGGGUUCGGUCUACGGCCGCCUCGGCGCCAAGAUCACGGUCGUCGAGUACGCUGACAAGAUCUGCCCCACGAUGGACUUUGAGACGGGCCGCGAAUUCCAGAAGCUCCUCAAGAAGCAGGGCAUGAACUUCCAGCUCGGCCAGAAGGUCACGGCCUCCAAGGUCGAGGGCGACAAGGUCACGCUCACGGUCGAGCCCGCCGCCGGUGGCGAGGCCACGACGAUCGAGUGCGACACGGUCCUCGUCGCGACGGGCCGCCGCCCGUUCACCAAGGGUCUCGGCCUCGAGGAGAUGGGCAUCCAGACGGACAAGUUUGGCCGCAUCCAGGUCGACCUCUCCAACUUCAAGACGAACGUCGACAACAUCUUUGCCAUCGGUGACUGCAUUGAGGGCGCGAUGCUUGCGCACAAGGCCGAGGAGGAAGGUAUCUCGUGCGUCGAGUCGAUCGCCGGCGGCCACGGCCACGUCAACUACAACGCGAUCCCGGGCGUCGUGUACACGUUCCCCGAAGUCGCGUCCGUCGGCAAGACGGAGGAGGAGCUCAAGGCUGCCGGCGUGGCCUACAACGUCGGUAAGUUCCCGAUGAUGGCCAACUCGCGCGCCCGCACGGUCGGCGAGACGGACGGCUUUGUCAAGAUCCUCGCCGCCAAGGACGACGACAAGAUCCUCGGUAUCCACAUCAUUGCGUCCAACGCCGGCGAAAUGAUCUCGGAGGGCGUCCUCGGCCUCGAGUACGGUGCGUCGGCUGAAGACAUUGGCCGCACGUGCCACGCCCACCCGACCUUGAGCGAAGCCUUCAAGGAGGCCUGUAACGCGGCCUACGACAAGCCGAUCAACUUCUAAAUUGUAACGUCGUACGAUCCUGUGUCUGUA